AUGGGGGACUCGGUUAACACUCUUAUUGAGGGCAACACCUUUCCAGUGGACAUGAUACACACUUCAAGUGGAUCGUGUAUCAAUUCCGCUUCAGACGUGACCUUCGGGGAUAUUUGCACCAACGCUGCGAUCGACCCCUUCGACCAGAGCGACUACCACACAAAUAAAGAGGCUGCGGUCGCCACUGAAGCUUUUUCCGACCCCCAGACGCAUGCACCAAGUGUGUCGCCGUCUGCUUACACAUUUACCGCAACACCCACCACACAACCGUCUGCUUCGGCAUUUGCCGCAUCACCCACCACUAUCAUCAUCAGUGACAUCGAAUGUGGCGACGGUGGGGGUAGGGUAGCCAAUUGCAUGCAGGGUGGCUGUGGGAGUGGGGGGAUCGGUGACAGGGGUGCCAAUGAAAAGGAUGGCGAUUAUGAUGAAUUUGAAACGAUGUCGCCAACACCCACAGAUGCUCGUGGUAGUGGCACAUCAUCGCGUAGUUUAAACGGGAGAGGGAGCAGAAAGGGAUCGGCACUGGCUGGCGUCGGGACGGGCAUCAUACAAAUCAGGGCUCUCCCCAACGAGUUCACCAUGAGCGGUGAAACAUCAUCGGCGCCAGAGCAACAGGAACGCGACGACCUCGCCAUGGAGUUGCUGCAAAGCCUGUACUCUCAGCAAGAUGAGCACCAGCGCGUCGUUGAUCAGCUGCAAAGCUUGAGCCUUUUUUGGGAAAAACAGCAAAAAUGGAAUCAGUACGCCAACAAGAAUAAGCAGCUGAAGGAGAUGGUUCGUCGUGUACAGAUGAAGCACGACACGCAAAAUGAACAGUGGCGGAUCCAAAAACCCAUGAUCCAACACGAACACCAGAAGCAACAAGAGCAGCGUCGGAAGGAGCAAUUGGUGGAGGCGCGAGCGGUGCGACAACAGCUGGAUGCGCAUCGACACGAAUGGGAAGGUAUAAUGGAAGACCUCGAAUCUCACCAAGCAGCCGUGCACACGAACCUGUCGGGGCGUAUCGUGAUAAGGGAAGACUAG